CUUCUGUCGAUAGUGUUAGAAGGAAGCCACCCUGUGUUUGACCUUAAUCUGUGACUCUGGAAACAUUAGAGAAGUCCUGAUGUCUUUCAAAAUGUGAGCCUGAAUGAGUAAGCCCUUAGGUUUAAACUCAUCAUACAUUGGCUAACAACCAAAGUUAACAAGGUCUGGUCUAGGAAAAAAUAUGCAAAGGAAAAUGGAUCUUAAGUAUAAUACUCUGAAUCAUUCCCUCUAUGAAAGUCUUCCCCCUCACACAGACAUUUUAAGGUCUCUUAUCCUGGUUCCUGGUCAUGGGCUGAACAAAUAUGGGGCAGCCAUUUCUCAUUCCAGGUACACUGUACCUAAACAGGAUGUUGAGUUUCCAUCAUCCUGCAUGCAGGGUCAGUGUCAAAACUUAUUGUGUUAAAGACUUACUCCAUACACUAAUGGACUCUGGACUUUUUUCAAAGGACUCUGAUCCUCUGAAUAGGUAGCACCACCAGAGUUAUCCUUUUUGAUAAAAGGGUUUUUGUUCCUGAUAUAGGAGCACAGUGGCACUUCCUGUACAUAUUAUAUAUUUUUUGUAUACAUUUGUGUAAAGUUGAUGUGUGUAAUGCAGUAGAGCAGCUUAUAUUUUAUAGGAUUGAGUACAUUGAUAAAGAUUCAUGAGGGGGUUGUGAGAGAACAUGCUCUCUAUCCAAUGUGGGAGCAUGAACCCAGAAUGCACUGGAAACUUAACUUGUAAUGUUACUGCCAUGAUAGACUAAUGUCAAAGAGCUGCGCCACAAUUAAAGUCUCCUUAACUGAAGAAAAAGAUCUAGGCAUGUGUGGGGGCAGGGUUGGGUAUCUGGAGUGAAGGACUUAUCUAAACAUGUCAUUACACUUCAGUGUAAUGGGAAAAUGCAGUUGAACACUGGUUUAGUCACUAAACACCCAUCUUUUGCAGAGUGUAUUAGCACUAGUGCUUUUCACUGAGCUACGAUGGUACCCAUGGUGGAAUUACUAGCUCACAGGGCUGGGGUCUAGGUUUUUACCCUCCAGUGCGGUCUGCGUUCUUUAUGCUGCUUUCGGUGUUACCACCGCUGGAACAGCUCCACUAGUCCUGAACCAGGGGUGGUGUAAACAUGGCUUAAUGGCUUCAUUAGAGUUGUGGAGCACAUAACUUUCCCAUAAAGCUUAGAGCCAGGGGCUGUGAGGAAACUAGUCAAGCUAGUCCAUGCAUUCUAUCCCUCCUCUGUCUUGCGUGACAAACAUACUUUGGGAAGGUGUUCUAUACCUUUUUUCUAUGGGAGAGCUCCCACGUGCUAGCACCAUGCUGCUUCAGUUGUCUGAGUUGUGGUAAGCUACCACCAUCUCUUCUCUUGAUGAUCAUCUUCUCCCCCAGAAGGAUGCAAUUUCAAAGUGGAUGUCUUGAAUACUUGUGGUGGCUUAAAAAGCAAAGGGCUGCAGACUGUGCUCCAUAACAAAGAUACUGCUGUUUAAAACUACUCAACUCAUGCCUGUUUCUACUACCGUUUACUGACCAUGCUUGGAGCUCCAGGGACCACUAGAGGUGACAGGGGCACCAUGCCGCUCCCUGCCCCUGCCAGGACCAGACCAUCCUGCAGCUCCUGACCACUGUAGUCUGAAGUCACAGAGGUAGCUGGAAGUCACAGAUUCUGAGACUAAAUUGAAGCCUUAUGUAAGCAGUCACCUGUGGGCUUGAAGCUCUGAUCCCUCGUGGUCCCUGUGGGGCAGAAGCCCUGAGGCUAUGGGUGGAGUUGGGAUGUGGAGGGCAUUUUUCCCUCACUCCCCAAAAAAAAACCCAGCACAAGAGCAUGGCAGUCUCAGGGGCAGCUCUACAACUUCCCCCCACCCCAUCUCCUCUCCUUGGCCGGGUCAGAGGUGGGAAGCUGGAGCAGGGCCCUGAGAGACAGCUGCUACUCUAGCUGGUGCCAUGGAGCAGGCAAUGGCAGCGUUCCCCCCUCUCCUGGUGCCCCACGUUGCAGCUGGUUUUCAGCUUUCCGCCCCUUUUGCUCCUGCGGCCACAGCAGGUAAGAGUCCCCCUGCGCCGGGGGGCCCAGCUCAGUGGCUGGCAGACCCCUCAGGGAACAGGGACCAUAGCAGAGCCUGCCAGCACAUAGCCCCUAAUACCCCUCUCCCUAUACCUUGAGGCUAUGCCCUCCCUGCAGCUUGAGCUACCCCAUGUAUGCACAGCCCCUAGCUACCUGCUUCCUACACCAUAAGCUGUUUUCAAACUUUUUGAGGUAAGCUCCCCACCUCUGCUAGGCCCUUGAGUUUUUAUUGCAUGUCAAGGGGGGGCCUCAAAUUGAAAAACAUUUAGAACCCUUUCUCUAAUGGAGUUGUAGAAGAGCAUGUGAGCUUCUUAUGAAAGAAUCAGGUGUUGAAGAGGAAUUGGUUGUACUUUACUACUAUCAUUUUAUCAGAUGGUGUUACAUAAAACUUCCUCUUCCACUCCUGUUUGUAAUAUACUGUAUCCCUGUCUCCCUUACAACACUGGAAAAGUACAAGUAGGGAAGUAUUUAGGUAUCUCAGCUGGCAGUUUCUCCCUUCUUUUCCUAUCAAGAUCCACCAUUUUUGCUCUCUCGGUUUAUGGCCCUAGGGCUUCUUUCAAGAGUCUGCCUUGCUCUGUCAUCACCUGGUCUUUACUGGGUGCUUGAUAUUCAUGGCACUUUCUAGUGCCUGUCCUCAAUAGCUGCUAGUUCUGGUCCUCCUCCUUGGCUGUAGGCACUAGUAGCUGCUCAUGUUUCUUCCUUCAGCACAGCAACCCCUACUGGAUAGAGCUAGACUGACUACUUGCAUCAGUGUGUUCCUUGUACAGAAAUGACUGGCUGGACUUUAGAAGGAAGCAGUGUGACCUACUUCUCUUCCAUGAAUAAGUUUGAGAACUUGUUCCAGCCCAGCAGUAUUACCUCAUUUGUACCUAUACAGCUGGAAAACAAAAGCCUGCUCCCCUUAGGGUGACAAAUGGAGCGAGAGCAGGAAGUUGGGGCAGCACAAAUACUUUCUCUUAAGUUUUCAGAGCUAGUUCACCCCACUGCUCAGGCCAUGGUUUCUAUGGGGGAUUCCAUGUAGCAAUCUGAUGUCCAUGUCCCAAGCUCCCAUAUGUUAAGGCUGUCAAUCAAGGGCCCUGUAUUAAGCCAGGCUUCAAUCUUCUUUCCCCUCAGCAGUCUUCAUGAGUAGAAACUUUCCACAAUGAAAUGAUACAAAUCCGACUCCUGUCAUAUUCCCCCACUUUUUUUAGUGUAUAUGUAAAUGCUUUAGUGUGCUUUAUAUUCCAGGAGGCCCUGGCAUAGGGUUGUUGGGUGAAGGGUUAGAGAGCAGAAGAUGUAAUUUGCUGCUGUCUAGCACAUCACAAGCAUUUCAUAAACAACUGACCCAUAAGAAUUGUCCGCUAUUAAUAAGGCUCAUGUGCAGCUACCAGGCCUGCAUGCCCGUGGAAACUACCUGAACCGGCAUGAAAUGCACGCUAGUCUAAUGCAUCAUAAGAGCAUUGCAGCUGGGGGACUAUUGUAUCAAAUUCCACCUAUGAAGAAUUAAGGUGGAUGUAAUGGUCCAUCCCACCCAGAUUAGAUAUGGUCCUCAGACUCCCAGCAACCCCCUAGCUCAGCCAGUCAAUGGUACAAAAUUGAGAGGCACUGUGCUUUGUGUUUAUUUUAUUAUAAUAGUGCUUAGGGGCCAACUGAGAAUGGGGUCCUACUGGGUUAGGCGCUGUGCAAAACCCUGCAGAGCUUACACUCUAAACAGACAAACUACAUACAGUGGGUGGAGGAAGCAGUAUAACAAGCAGAGUGAACUAUGUGAGAACAGCAAACAUAUCAGUUUCAUGAGUAGUUUUUAUUUUGGGUGGGUUUAGCUAGGAGGGGAUCAACUAGAUGGGAAGGGAAGGGAGAGGGCAAGAGAGAAGAGGUGUAGGUGGCCAGCUAAGGUGAAAAAAUGGGGCAGGGAAAGAAUGUUGGAGCAAACAAACCCUCAGCAUUCAAGCACAGAAAAUCCACUAAAAGCUAAAUUUUAUUAUUAAAAGUUCACUUUAAAAAGUGUCAGGUAGUUAAAAGUGCUUAUUAUUGUAAGCUUUGAAAUGCAAAACUGUAAUGUCACAACCUUGAAUAACUGCAUCCCACCUGUAUCUAAUAUCUGCUAGAACAAAAGGCACUAGCUACCAAAGUGAGGGAAUGUCAAAUGCACACCUCUCUUACUAGCUUGCAAACAGUACAAUUAUUUGUGUGUAUUACAGUAGGGCCUAGGAGCCUCCAACUACAAAAUGGGAACCUAGUCCAUCAGGUUGGGCAGUCAAAGGCAGUUGAAGAUGGGGCUAGCCAAAUCGCUUCCUUGUAUACUGUUGCCCAGGAAACUUACAUGCCUUAACUGCAUCAGCUGGAUGAUCAGGGGAUCUUUGACUAGGAGCCCCAGCCCACAGACCAGUUUUCAGAGUAGCAGCCGUGUUAGUCCGUAUCCGCAAAAAGAACAGGAGUACUUGUGGCACCUUAGAGACUAACAAAUUUAUUAAAGCAUAAGCUUUCGUGAGAGUUCACUUUAUUGGAUGCAUAGAAUGGAACAUAUAGUAAUAUAUAUAUAUAUAUACAUACAGAUAAGUUGGAAAUUACCCUACAAACUGUGAGCGGCUAAUUAGUUAAGAUGAGCUAUUAUCAGCAGGACCCCAUUGUACUAUAUGCUGUACAGCCUCUGAACACUCAGUCCCUGCCCCCAAAGAACCAAAAAUCAGAUAGAUGGAUACAGACAGGCAAAAGUACAGGGAAGCAGUGACCUGAAGUAAGAGCUCUGUGUAAACUUGAAAGCUUGUUUCUUCCAACAGAAGUUGGUCCAGUAAAAAUAUUACUUCACCCACCUUGUCGCUCCCAUUCUGGGACCAACAUGGCUACAACACUGCAAACCAGGAAGCAAAGAGACCGUACUGGUCAGCAUGCUAGGCUGUGGACUCCGCUCAUUUUGGGGAUAGGAGGGGACAAAGCACCUGGUACAGGUGUUUGUUUCUCCUCUGAGUGUGACGUGGGGCAUGAGGGCAACACAGUGAAGACUACAAAUGCUACAAAACAAAAGAAAUAAUCAUUCCUAGUGUUGAUCAUCCCUCAAAUGAGUUCAGCAACCUCUACUGCCUGAGGAGUCGAGGAAAAACACAGCAGCCUUUCUACUACAGGCUUGGCUGAGUUCCUCUGCCAUUACACCCUCUGAGGAACGCCCAGUAGCCGGUUUCUCUGCUCUGAAUCAGCCUGCCAGGGUGCGCUCCACCCUCAUUCCAGAACAGAGACGUUGGAGGCUCCCGGUCUGGAAGACUCCCGCCAAGGCUGCCCCUUCCUCCUCCAUGUACUUGCUUCAGAGGUCAGGGCAUUCCUAGCCAGCAGCACCAGGAUCCUCAAUCCUGCUGAGCCCCUCUGGAAUCCCACUUCCCCUGGGAGUAUCCUUGGAGUGUAAGGGUCUCUCCUGUGGGUGACUGAAACUCCCUGCUGUCUGGCCACUCCUCCCUCAUGCCGCUCGGACUAGGCCGCCGGAAGAAGGCCCCUCCGCUGGUAGAGAAUGAGGAGGCUGAACCCAUUCGUGGCAGCUUGGGUGGGGUGGAGGUGGGCAGUGGUGGCAGGGUGGCAGCCCUGCAGCCCGGCCUGCCGCCGCCUCCUGCCAGCCUCCGCCCUCGACUGGUGUUCCACACUCAGCUGGCCCAUGGCAGCCCCACUGGCAGGAUCGAGGGCUUCACCAAUGUCAAGGAGCUGUACAGCAAAAUUGCAGAGGCUUUCAAGAUCCCACCAGCUGAGGUGAUGUUCUGCACCUUAAACACCCACAAAGUGGACAUGGACAAGCUGUUGGGUGGCCAGAUCGGUCUGGAGGACUUCAUCUUUGCACACACGAAGGGCCAGAGGAAGGAGGUGGAGGUCUUCAAGUCCGAGGAGGCCCUGGGUCUGACCAUCACUGACAAUGGAGCCGGCUAUGCGUUCAUUAAGAGGAUCAAGGAAGGGAGCGUCAUAGAUCGGAUCCAGGUCAUCAAUGUGGGCGACAUGAUCGAGUCCAUCAACGGGCAGAGCCUCAUCGGCUGCCGGCACUACGAGGUUGCCAAGAUGCUCAAGGACCUGCCCAAAGGCCGCACCUUCACGCUGAAGCUUACAGAGCCCCGGAAGGCAUUCGAUAUGAUCAGCCAGCGGGCUGCAGGAGGCAAGCACAACAGUAGCUCCCAGCUGGGCACUGGCAGAGGGACCCUACGGCUGCGGGCCAAGGGGCCUGCCACCGUGGAGGAGCAGCUGUCUGCGUUUGAGGAGAGGGCUAUUGAGAAGGUGGACGACCUGCUGGAGAGCUACAUGGGCAUCCGCGACACAGAGCUGGCUGCCACCAUGGUAGAGCUGGGGAAGGACAAGCAGAACCCUGACGAGUUCGCUGAGGCGCUGGAUGAGCGGCUGGGUGACUUUGCCUUCCCCGACGAGUUCGUCUUUGACGUGUGGGGUGCCAUCGGGGAUGCCAAGAGCCGCUGCCGCCCUGCAAGGCCGUGGCUGGCGGCCCCGAUCCGCUGCGGUUCCUCUGUGAUUGGCGCUGGGCCGGCGGCACUGCACGUGAGCCCAUGGGCAGGACGAAGAUGUCGCCAAGACAACCCUGGCACACCAGCAGGAGCUGCCCGGAUCCGUGUUUUCUUCUGGAGGCAGGCAGCUUCUCAGCCCCGUGGCAACCGCUGUCAGCCUCGCGUGAGCAGGUCACGUUCCUCCGGGGUCGCCCUCCAUGCGCUACGGGUGAUGGCAGCACAUCGACGUUUGCCGGGGUGGGGGGGAGCCUGUGAGCCAACACACACUAAGUUCACGCUAACGAGCGGCUGGGACAGCCACUAAUGAUACAGGUGCGUGAGCUCAACUCCAAAUCACCGAGAUGAGUGUGCCGACUUCUGCCUCAAAUUGCUGCGCGAUAUUCACCGGGACGGAGUGCGGACGGAGAUUCCUAAACCAUCCGCCUCUGCUCACAAGGAGGCUCCCGCUGGCUUCUGGAUCAAGGCGAUGGGGAGGCAGUGGGAUGGCACCGGUAUGUUAGACGUCUAAGUGGGUGACCCCUGGCUGGACUGGGCCUGGACAGUUCCCAGCACAGACCGGGGGGUUGAUUGGCCAGGCGGUUGUUCAGAUGGAAGGCUAGAUCCUGUGAACUAUCCACCCUUCAAGAAGGGCAAGAAAGUUGGAGCCGUUCAGGUGGACCCGUCAGCUGGGUAGAGCGUGUCCGGCAUGUGGGGCUGACCCGCAAGCUGCUGCCGGUGCUUCCCUGUAUGCGCAGAGUGCGGCUUCUCACGGAAGUGAUAACGAACUGGAGCUUCACCUUGCAAGCCCGAGCCAAAGCCAGCCAGUUUAGGCGUCUCCGUAUCCAACCCCUGCGAGAUCCGGGCGAGCGCUUCUCCGUUUCAGCAGACACACUCGCGACCUACCAGCAGUUAAGGCCGAUAAGUUCGUCUCCGCGGGUGCUGUCUGUCUGACUGAUGGGGAUAACGAUCCACAGCCAGCGAAGGGCCACUCAGCCAGGACAUGAAUACUCUGGCCGCUUACCUUCGUCAGUGGAGACUUAGCCUAAGUGAGGCUAAGGUGGUGGCCACAGCCUUCCCGCGAUGGCCAACCUGGGGGGACGCAGACAGGGCUGGGGCAGCAGGGGGCUGCGGGGCGGGGUUGAGGGGCCUCUGAGGCUGUACAGCUCCUGCCCCCAGUCACUCAUUCCCUUGGCACUAGAGUCCCGUCUCCCCAGAUAAUGGUCCAAAGGGAGCUGGGCUGGAGCCCCUGACUCUGAGGGGGCCCCGCUGCCUCAGCAGAUCGUGAAGUGGAACCAGAGGCCGAGUGCUGGGAUUUUCAAGGGCAGGCUGGGCCUAGACUCGGAUGCUGGCUGCUCCCGAGGCACUAAGUGCGGCUGGGUGGAGGUUUUCUCUAAUCCCAGCGUCUCAGGCCCCACGUGCCCUGGGCCACAUCAACAAAUCCCCUGCAGUGCCUCAGGCUUCGUCCUCAUCCCCAGGACCCACAGGGGGGACAGCGGCAGGAGUUGGAAUGGGACCCCACCUCCUCUCCCAGAGCCAGUGACUAGAACCCAGGAGUCCUGGCUCCCAGCCCCCUGCUCUAACCACUAGACCCCACACCCCUCCCAGCAUGAGAGGCAGCGGCCCAGAGGGCGGCGGGGGGGGGAGACAGACAAGGACGUAGGCUGUGUCUGUGCCAGCAGGAACAAACAUCCCAUCCUGCCAAGGGCAGCUGAGGCCAGGAAAUGGGACAAGCAACGGGAAGCAGGGGUGGCUCGGGGGAGCCCUGGCUGGAGGUGGGGGGGCGGGAGCAUCUAUGCCCUGCUAGGCCUGCCCAAGUCCCCAUGCUGCUCCUGAAGAAGGAUGUUGCCCAGCUUGGGCUUGGGGGGAACAUCUGGGCCAUGUGGGGGGUCGCCCUCCCCCUGGCCGAGGGGCAGUGUCUGAUCCUUGGGACCAGGGAAACACGGGUUUGCCAGCUGUUGGCAGGG